AUGCGUAAAGUGUCUCAACCCUCUGACGCGACUGACUCGUUCGACGCGCGAGAGUCUUACCUUCCUCCAUUAUCCGUCAAUACUUCAGCUCCGGCCUCGCCGGCUAUUUCACUUUUCUCUACCGGCCACCUCCGCAUCUCAAGUUCUGUCUCGUCUUUAGUCCCAUCUUUGGGUAACUCAAUGGACAGUCCCAGUCGCAAUCACCUUUCUGGGGUGAAAGAAGAGGAAGUUGCUCCUCGUGACUCAUUAGAAGAUCAAUAUUUUCGUAUGUCGCCCCCAAACAACUCAACCGCGGACUCGACCGAGAUCGUCCUAACUUUGAAUCCUUCAGAACACUUUGAAUGCGGUUUAUCGACUACCGAAGAGCCGUACUUCCCCAUGGACCCUACCGAUGGCUAUGACCUAAGUGAUGCGGGCAUGGACAUUCCUCACUCCCCCAAGAAACGUCGUUCGGAUAGUCUAUCUAUGAAGGGAGCUUCACGCAUCGGUUCGCAUAUCUCCACCAUGUCGACAAGAUGGAAGUCGAAACGAACUUCAGGCAGUCCCGAGCGAGAUUUCUUCCCGGAUGAUCUUCGAUCGCGUGCCAACUCUGCGGCCUCCUCCGCCUUGGCCAGUCCUGUUAUGAGUCCGAUCAGCCGUAUCGACUCGGUUCCGCCAUCACCCGCCCGUACCAUCUUCGAGGAGCGCAUCAGCGAUUCUGGUGCACGCCCAAUCGAUAUCACCCGAGCCAACAGCCUGAGCCAGGAUGACAACGAUACACAGCAAGCAACGACCCCGCUCCUGCCUCCCUUUAUGGGAGACGAAUCUACCAGCGUGAUCGCGUGCCGAGUGCAAUCGCCUCUUCAAUCCCCCUCUGUGGCGGACGUGAGUGUGACUGAUUCACCAAAGUAUGUGAUGACCUCGGAAUCUCGUUUUGCAGGUAUUCCGUCGCCCCCACUCUCGUCAAGACCGUCCCUUGCCUCGAUGAACCGUCCUCGAGCCAGCACCACGUCUCGCACUACAUCGGGUGAAAUCGCUCCGUUUAUGCUCUUGGACCCCAAGGAUGAAUGGGCCAACAAGCUUGGGCAUGCCAACUUCACUAUCCAGCCAGAGCCUUACGAACCCUCUUGCGACAUUGACAGCUUCAACCAGCUACGCGCGGAUUGGGACAUGGCACGUUGCAACUUUGCUAAACAUCUGGUGCGCACGGGCGAGCACUACGGCACAACAUCAAACAUCUACAAACUUACGGGAGAGAAGUGGGAAUUCAUCAACCGGCAAUGGCGACUCCAGCACGAUACAUUGAGGAGCCAUCUUGAAACCAUCGAUGGCGUCGCUCUUACGCUUACCCAGUCCAAUCUCAAUCGCUGUGAGCAAGAAGUCCGGAUUCCACGCCUGCACGACAACGACAAGUUUCCCGAAAUGGGCGACGAGGAUAUCGUUGGACCCAUGUCUGUCGCACCCGCUACGCAACUUGGUGGAUUCUGUCGAACCAAAUCGUUGAAGAAGCGCAACUUCUUCAAGUUCUUCCAGGAUCUUGUGUCACGCCCAUGA